CUCGCUUCCAAUCUCUUCCUCUCUCUCUCUCUACCCUGAAAUUCCUGUGUCGUCAACGGUAUCACUUUCUUCGCCAAUCUCUUUGUAAAACCUUCAAAUCGCCAUCUUUCCAAGAAUCCACACUAUACGCUCUUACCUUUUAAAUCUUUUGCCCACCGCAUUCUAAACUCUUUUUUAUUCUGUCUCCUAUUACCUCGCGCCUCUCUCUUCCUACUAUAUAGAUGCUAUUGUUUAACAACUUUUAGGGUUUUGACAGAAGAAGAAUUCGACCCUUUAUUCUUUACUGCUCCUAUUGCAAUGGAUGUCGCGGCAGGUGCUGCAUCUGCCGCCGCCGCCGCCGCAGGACGAGGUGUUUCGCUUGGGAUCCCUCCUCAACCACCCAGGCAAGAGUGGCGUGCUGUUUCCGAACCUCCUGUUCGAAUCACCGCUAACGAGUUGCAGCUGGGUCGGGACACGGGUCAUGUAGAUUUCUGUACCAUAAAUCUGGAUGAGGACAUCUUGCAGCAGCGGCUUCAUGAUGUUGUGAGGCGGAGGGAGGAAAUGCAACGCAGUGAGGUUGAACUUCGGGCUCAGAUUAUUGCUAGGAAAGAUGUAAUGUUAAUGCAGAAAGAUUUUGAUGCCCAGAUGACGGAGCAAGUUAAUGCCAAUACCAAGCUUCAGGAGAAACUAGCUGAAAUGGAGCGAACUAUACAUGAGCGGGAAAGGCAGAUUCAGGAGAAAGAAAGGGAGAUACAUGCAAUCCAGUUAGACCAUGAAGCAGCAUGGGCUAAAGAAGAUCUCCUUAGAGAACAGAGCAAAGAAUUGCAUACUUUCAGGAGGGAGCGGGAUAACUCUGAAGCAGAAAGAACCCAACAUCUUAAGCAGAUACUUGAUCUACAGGAACAUUUUCAGGAGAAAGAAAGGCUAUUUCUUGAGUUGCAGGAACAGAAUAGAGUUUCUCAGGAAACCAUCCUUUUUAAAGAUGAGCAAUUGGGUGAGGCCCAGGCUUGGAUUGCACGUUUCCAGGAGAUGCAAUCAACCUCUAAUCUCUCUUUGCAAGCGGAGUUGCGAGAGCGUACAGAACAGUACAAUCAACUAUGGAUUAGCUAUCAGCAGCAGCUUUCGGAGAUGGAGAGGAUCUAUGUGCACACUGUACACCAGCAUCAGCUUGAGCUUGCUAGUGCAAGAGAAAGGAGUGGCUCUUUCCUGGAUGAGUCACAGCUGCCUCAAAUAAAAUCCAAAGAUGCUUCACAACCUGCGUUGAACAAUGGAAGCCAAAUUGAUGUGAAUGGAAGUGGCACAGCAGAUACAAGUUCUGGGCCUCUUUCAAAUGGAAAUGCUGAAAAUGUUACUAGUAAUUCUUCCAACCAGACUGAACAUGUUCAUGGUGUUCCACUAGCCCCACCAUCCCUAAUUGGUGUGCCCACCUACCUUCAACAUGGGCAAGUGCCAGCUAUGCAUCCAUUUGUCAUUCAUCAAGGGGUUCACCCAGUACCAUCCCAUGUUAGCCAUUUCCAUUCUAUACCUGCAAUGUCAUCUCUUCAGCAAUGGCAAAAUCAACAGACUGUGCCGGAGGCUUCUAUACUGUCUAAUCAACAUGAAUACCCAUCAUCUCAUAUGGAACAAAACUUGCAUAGAUCAGAUAGUAAUUAUGACUAUAGUGCAUCUGGAAAUGUGCAAGCUGUUGCAGCAUCUGUGCAAUCAUCAUCCCAGGUCGGUUCUACUGAUAUGAAUUACUUGGUCCACUCUCAACCCCACGAGAGCUUGCAACAUAUUACUUCUCAGUUUAAUGAUUCUGUAAGACUGGAAUCUGAUUCAGUGAAUGAGCCUCAGGAGAAGGGUACUAAUAAUAAUUCGUCUAAACUCCAACAUGAGAAGAAAGAGUUGUUGAAAGGACAAUCAAGUCCUACUUCAAAUGCUCCAACAUCUGAAAGGCCAAAUAAUUCUAACCCUAUCAUCAAUGUGGGGAUGAGUGCAAACAAAAACGCCUCUGGUGCGGAUGCAUUUAUUUCCUCUGAACAAAACAGUUCAUAUGGAACAGGAAACAUCAUAAUAGACCUUCUUGAUGAAAGAACUCUGCUGGCAUGCAUUGUUCGAACUAUUCCACCAAGUGGAUCUGGUGGUAGAAUCAGAAUCAGCUCUACGCUUCCAAAUAGACUAGGGAAAAUGCUUGCACCUUUGCAUUGGCAUGACUACAAGAAGAAAUAUGGAAAGCUUGAUGAAUUUCUAGCAAAUCAUCCUGAAUUGUUUGCUAUAGAAGGGGACUUUAUUCAAGUUCGAGAAGGUGCACAAGAAAUUAUAGCUGCUACAGCUGCAGUUGCGAAAGUUGCAGCAGCAGCAGCUAAGACGACAUCAGUUGUAUUUGGCAGCCAAUCAUCACUGCCGUCUCCUUCUGUUGCCGUGACUCCUAUGGCACAGUCUCAACAAAGGGUAAAGAGAACUCCUUCAAUUGAUCCGAAUGCGGGCGUUCAAAUUCUGAGAAAAACUCAAGCUGUGAAUGGUCAGUCGUCCCAGGUUUCAUCACUGGCAAAUGGCGGAGCGAAUCUCAAUAAGCAGCAGCCCAGGACAACUGCUAAAGGUCACAAUGGCUUCUAGAAAUUAAUCAGCGGAGGAUUGGUAAUAGCUGAUUUUAUUGUAGUCUUCUUUUUGUGUUUUCUGGAAUUUUGACUGUGAUUAAACUUAAUGCAAUUUUUUAAGGGGAUUGAAUCUUCAAAUAUGGGAGAGAAAAUGCAUUGAUGAAUGUUUGCCGUGA